GUUUUGUACGCUCUGUAUUCUGAUCUGCGGAUCAGCUGGGCGAAGCAAUAACAUCCCAAACCAUAUCUGCCGAAAAACACACACAGCUUGCAGAUACUGCGGCUCAAACGUCGUGUAACGCAGAACUUACACGUCGAUUUCUUCUAAGAAGAAAGACUUUUUUCAUAUUUUUCUUGUGAAUUUACUACCUCAUAUAAAAAGUAUACCUAAAGCUAUGCUUUAAGAUUUUUUUGUGUUUUUUUUAUUGUGUGGUCGUCGCGUUUACAACUUGAAUAAUUUUGCAGGUAAGACAGAUCUUUGCACCACAACAACCAAGUGAGACCUUAUAUUGCACUGCGCCUUCUCUGAGACUACAAAAAAAGGCCAAUACGUCUGUGAUCGACCAGCCAUCCGUCACAUCACUGAAAAAAAAAAAAAACAGUCACUAUAGUUAAUAAAACAAAACAAAAAUUUCUAAGGCAGCUAUCCCUCAGGAAACACAAACCUGUGACCUUUGACCUCCGAGGCAGCCAUGUUCCAGCGGCUCAGCAGUCUGAUCUUUGGGAGCGAGGAAGAAGGUACUCCAGAACUAAAGGGACCAAAGCCCUGUGUGACUGAGGCUGAUGAAGAGGGAUGGCUCCUGGUCAAUCUGCCCGGCGAGGAUGGGCCAGAGGCAGCAUCAGUAGCACGCCCCUGUCCCCGCAGUGAAUGUCAUGCAUCUCAGAUAUGUGGCCCCUCUCCUCAUACCUGCAAAAAACGUAGGACUAGAGCAGGCAGGAGAGAGGCAGCACAUCCUUCCUCCCCUUCCAUCUGCUCUCCUCCUGAUCCCGCCUCCUUCUCUCACCUUGAGUCAGUAGAAGUGAAUGUGUUGUUAAGCGAGCGGGGCUCGAGCUCCUGUAGUGACUGCAGCAUGGAUGAGAGCUGGUUUGUCACCCCUCCCCCCUGUUUUACUGCAGAGGGAGCCACGGCGGAGGCUAGUCCCAUGGAGGACCUCCUCAUCGAGCACCCCAGCAUGUCCGUGUAUGUCUCGGCUGGACCUCUCCCUCCGAUGGAAGAGAGCACCACCAGCCUGGCCGGCAGUGUUAGCAGGAUGUCUGAAUCAGCAGUGCCCGCUGUGACCAGGAGCAGCAUGACCACACGGGUGACCCGAGGAGCGGCCGCACAGGCAGGUGCCCUAGCUAAAGUCACCCAGGUCUCCAGGGUCCAGAGGGCCAAGGCCCGCACUGAGCGUCGGCACCUGGCACGCAAUCGCAUACAGCGCCAAAACCUUGUGCGUGAACAGGUCCAACGGCGCACAACCCACACCCGCAACUCCUUCCUGCACCAACCGUGCCAGCGCAACAUCUGCCACUGAGGCAUCAAAGUUUACAUCGAGGGCAUUAUUACACAUAGACACCCCAAGAAACCCAUACCUACCAAUGAAUCCCCCUCCUUCUCAAAUGUCCUCUAAAGUCCUCCUAUUGCUUUCACUCGUUUUACGUCCAUAAUGUUAUUCAGUUUCAUAUUAAUCAGGUUUGUCCUUGAACACAAGCCAGUUUAUCUUUAUCCUCUUCUCACUCGUAUCUGGCAGGCAGGCCACCACAAAGCACAAUUACUCUAAGAUGAUCCGUAUAUUUGCUUAAAUGCCAUGUACCUCCUGUGUGUCCUUGUAACACCUAAAUCUGUUUCCCAAGUUGGAGAAAAAGUUUUUCAAUCUGGGAGUAUAGCAGAAAAGGAGACAUGUAAACUCUGUACAACAUCCCUCUAAAUGUAUAACACUGACACUUCAGGUACAUCAGCGCUGUUUGUUGAAAUAUAAUGAGGUUCCUUUUUCACAUUUGUUUUUAGUUAGCAGGAAAAAAAGAGCCAAACAUUGAACGCAUUUACCCUAAAGCCCUGGGUAUACUUCACUUUCUGUGUUACGCUCUGAGCCUUUCAAAGUGUACUCUUUGGUCGUGAGCAUGGAAAGGUGCGUUCGGCGCAUGCGCACUAUCUAGUGGACUUUUGUAUUCAAGCGCUUAAAUCACUCACACACGUGCCGUUGUACGUGCACCGUCCACCAUCAGGGAACGCGUACAGCCAACGUAUACUUUGGGCUUAAGAUUUCCAGAAGAGAAUUGUACCUAGUAAUGUAAUUUAGUAAAGUCCUACAGCAACGAAAGAGUCACUUGAAAACAACAAGAAUGAAAAGUAUGUAGAUAAAAGUGUGAACAAGAAUUAAACAGAUAAAAGCAGUUGAGAGUUUAGAGAGCAAGACAAAUAUAGUGGAAUAUGUUUG